AUGCAGAACUGUCCAAAAUCUACUCUUAUACCUGCAAAAUUGGGCAACAGUGGAGUAAUUCGUAGUAAGUCCGCUUUUGCUUCAUAUUUGCGAGGCGCUCUUGAAGACCCAUGGGUGCGCUUCCAAAUUGAACUGGAGUUUGUUCAGUCCCUUGGCAAUCCAGAUUACCUGACCUUUCUGGCUCAGCAAGGCUGUUUUGAAAAACCAGAAUUCGUGAACUAUUUAUCCUAUUUGCAGUACUGGAAAUCUCCAUCAUACUCGAGAUUUAUCACGCAAGUUGCAAUUAUUUCUUACUUUCAAGCAUCAAUACAUUUGUACCCCUUUUGUCUGCACAUGCUCGAUCUUCUCCAAUCUCCGGAUUUUCGGCGUGAAGUGGCCCAUGAGUCGGUGACUCGUUUCAUUGACGAUCAGAUGUUACUUCACUGGAAAAACUACUUACGCAAACGGGCCGAGCUGGUUAGUAAGCACGUCCAAAGUCUGGACACCAUGUCUGCGCCCGGUCCUGGCACUUCGAGUUAA